AUGUGUGUGAUUGUCGAAUGUAAAUUAGGAAGAGAAAAUCGAGACAAGUUCAAAAACCGAAUUACGCUCGCUCUCUUUCACAAGACGUUGGCUCAAAUGCCCGGAGGUGAUCGGAACAAGAAACCGCAAGAAGAACCCGUUCUCUACGCCUCCAUCGGAUUCCCUUCCUCCGAAACCCCGAGCUGGCACACUCUCCACCGCGACCACGUUUCUUUCCGCCUCCGCAAGAUCGCAUCACUCCCUUCCCGCCUCCUGAGCGCCGUCGCCACAGUCGGAACGGAGAUGUACGUUCUCGGCGGAAGCGUCGGCGGAAACCCCACGUCGGACGUGAACCUCAUCGACUGCAGGUUCCACACGAGCCGCUCGCUCCCGAGCAUGAAGAGGACUCGCAGCCGGGCGGUGGCCGGAGCCAUCGACGGUAAGGUGUACGUCAUCGGAGGUUGCAGGAAGAAGUCUGAUGAUUGGGUCGAAGCCUUUGACUUCGUUUUGGACCCGAGUGCUACUUGUUUGGUUUUCGAUCCCAGUGUAGGUGCUUUGGUCGAGUGGGACGAUGGAGGCGAGCUUAUGAGUCUGUGGCAAGCGUCGUCGUGUAUGGUUGAUGAUAAGCCUAAUAAGUUGUAUACAAUUGAUACUGGGCGUUCUCUCAAGUAUCCGAUAGUUGUGUAUGAUCCAAAGGCAAAGGUGAAGAGGUGGAAACCAGUUUAUGGUGUAAAUUUGAGGAGAGAUUUGCUUCCUUUUAGCUCUUACUAUGACUCCAAAAUGGCGAAUCUUGGUGGGAAGUUGUUGAUUUUGAUAGGUAAUAACCCCUGGCCUAUUUUUCAUUACGGGAGACAAGAUGUGUGGUGCGUAGAGAUUGCUUUGGAAAGACACGGAGAUGAGACUUUUGGGCGUGUUGAAUCAACUAUGCUGGUGCUUACAUCACAGAAGUGGCCUUCCAUUGAGCUUUCUCGAACUCUUACUAUAUGA